AAUUAAGAUUUGCUACGUCUGUGGAGAGUGAAUAAUACUUUUUUUGAAAGAAAAUUUCGUGGUAUUAAACGUACUUUGUAAAUUAUCAAUGCUUCUCUGUUAUAAGGCCAUUAAUUCAUUUUAAUUGGAUGCUAUAUCGCGUAAUGACACAUAUAUUAAACGGUUUAUCUCCUAAACUCAUUAUUUGAGACAAUAAAUAUUAAACAACCUCCUAAAUCUUUUGCUUUAACGAAUCCAAUUCUGUCGGUGUGUGCGUGAUAACUGUCGUAUUUGUUACCAAAGUGCCCCGUACAAAAUUAAAACGUGCAAAGCCAAUCACUUGAGGGAAUUGAUUCAUUCUUGACGUGGAAUCCUUAAAAAAUCCACAAUGGCUUUCAGAUAUAAGUAAAGCAGUUCCGGUUGAAUAGUUCAACUAAAUGUAGGACAAUAUCAUGUCACGUUACUUACUGUUACGUACUUAUCUACUUUUCACAUUUAGUUAAACGAAGAAGUAAAUUGUAUCCUUAGUUAAUUAAUAUGAAAUAAUAGAGUGACAGGGUUAUAGUGAGAGAACGAUAAAAAAUUUGAUGCAAGUGGAUCAAGUGAGAAACUAAUAAAGCAUUUUAUGGAUAUUGUCUUUUAUGUAGGAUUAGAUUUCCAAAAAUGGGCGGUAGCAAUUCCAAAUCAGAACUGUCUCGGCGAAAGUCGUUCAUUCGAAGAAGUAGUCAACGGACCCUUUUUCAAACAGCCAAACGACAUUUGGCCUCUAUAAGCCGAAGAAUAGACAAACUUCAAUCCACAGAAAAAGACGGUCAAUACACCGACUUAAGAUCUCAACUUGAAGAAGUGCAAAAGGAACUGGAUAGUGUUAGCGACAUUCUCAAGGACAAACAUAGAGAGAAGUAUGAAGAGUCUCAAAAGUAUUUGCGAGACACUUUUGAAAAAUUGGAAGCCAAACUGCGAGAAAACAUGGGCAUCACAGACAUUCCUGAAGAAAAUCCUUCACAAGAGGUUCGUAAUUCAAUACCAACGCCAACACAAGAGGCUCCCCCAACCGUUCCACCUAAACCUAAGGUCCAGUUGAGUCUUCUGAAAGUGCUUCCUACCCCGGAAAACUCAGAGACCAAGGGUAAUCCUCUAAGGACUCCAAAAACCCCGGAAAUGGAGAACGGUGAGUCGGAACUAGCCAAGACUCCAACGGAAGAAGACAUUAGAGCUUCCAGAGCUUCCAAAUAUUCCAAAUUUGGUAUCCAGGUCUUACCUCCAGUUUUACCGCAUACCAGACUCACAAUGUUACUAGAAACCAAAAGAAAUCAGUCGGAAGAUUCGGUGGAUACGACGUCUCCACCGGAAACUCCACAGUUCGAUUUAAAGAAGAGAGAAAAGUACAGACCAUCAGCUCCUGGUGUGCCUCAAACACCCUCCUUCGAUUCACAGCCACCAUCGCCAGCAUUCUUCAGAAAAUCUGAAAGUAAUCCAAACGCCACUUCUCCGGUAUUGAAACGAAUUUCGGGAAAACAUACGACAACGGAAGGAAGAGCUAUAUCGCCUCUUGUUAUCCCAAGAGACCCCGUAUUCCAAAAUGGCACAUCGGAACCACAAAAUAAUCAAAAUUUGAACGGUUACAAAAUAAUUAAGGACGCCCAAGAGUACACGGAACACUUGGAAAGACAAUUGAAACAGUUCAAAGGAAAUAAAGAUGACGAAACGUAUUUCUACCUGCAGGAAGGAUUUUUCCAGAACUUGAUGAAAUUGGAUACGAUAGAUCCGGCGGAUGAUGCUGUUUUAAGACAGGAAAAAAAGCUGAGUAUCAAAAAGGUUGAAGAACUGGUCAAGUUAUUGGAUAUGAAAGUGACGGCUUCGCUUAACAAUGAAGUUGCAGCGGAGUCUAGUGACGACGAUGUUUUUGACGAGUACGAGCCAAUUGAUAAAAAAAAUUCUUUAUGUUCCAAUGGGAAGACUGCAGUUAUUACGCAUUUGUAGUGUAUAAAAUAACAACAUCGUAUAUUUACUGAUUCGAUUUGUGAUCGACAUUAUUACCAUCCAUACGUUCUUAAAAGAAAAUACGAAGAACAGUAAAAAAAUUCAAUAUGACCUACAUAUAUUAAAUGCUAACAACAAAGCAAUGAAACUCCUAAUGGGUGAAGAAAAUUUUUAGGUGUCAAUCUACAUCUAUGUUUCGGCUUAAAUUUUUAUAUAUAAAGAGAUUCCCUAACUGAAAAACGGCUUUAAUGGUUUUGACAAGGGAGAUUCCUGGGUUUUCUGGGUGGGGAAUUCGAUUUCGGUGACGCCAUAGAAGGGAUAAAGAGAAUGCCAAAAAAAAUAAUAAUCCUCUUCUUUUAAUACUACUGAUGAUUCAUAAUAUUUGUUUUUAUCAAAUUCCUGACCAUAUAAAGAAAUAUGGCAACAAACUAUAAUCUUGACAACCAGUACUUCAAUGCGCUGUUGUCAUGUCUUCUCACAGUAUUUAGGCUUACAAAGACAGAUGGUUUAUACGAUAUUAAUACUGUUAAUUAAUUUUGUUCUAUGUGAUCGAUCGUACUGAAACUUUUUAAAAAAAUUUAAUUUAUAUUUUUUUACCUAUGAUAAUAUUUUUAUGGAUGCCAAGGUUAUCAAUGUUGAAAAUUUUACAUACUUUUGUAUUUACAAGAAAUUGCUUGGCUUGUUUAAUGUACGGCGUGGGUCGUAAGAGCGUCACUAAGUUAUGCUCGCUGAUUCGCUGCGCAGUAAGGUAGUACGCAUCCGAUUUGAAGGGGGCGGGGUUACCGUACUUUCCCCAAAGUACGACUUUUACUAAUUUUAAGGACGAGAACAUAACGUCCUUCGACUCAGAUGUCAAUUUCCACUC